CCGCCCGCCCUGGCCGGGAUGACCCAGGGCUGUGAGUCCCGGGUUAGAGUGCUCCCGAAGCCGGCUACUCAGGCGAGUCUCGGCCAGGCCCACAGGCUCCAUGGCGACGCGGCCCGUGUCCCGGAUGCUGCGGCGGGUCCUGAGGUCCAGUGUCCGGAGCUGCAGCUCAGGGGCUCCAGUGACGCAGCCCCGACCCGGGGAACCCUCCCAGUCUGCGGCGGAGGAGCUGUCCAGGCGGAGGCAGUUCCUGAGGGAGCACGCGGCCCCCUUCUCUGCCUUCCUCACCGACGGCUUUGGCCGCCACCACAGCUACCUGCGGAUCUCCCUCACCGAGAAGUGCAACCUCAGAUGCCAGUACUGCAUGCCCGAGGAGGGGGUACCACUGACGCCCAAGGCCGACCUGCUGACCACAGAGGAGAUCCUGACCCUGGCGCGGCUCUUUGUGAAAGAAGGUGUCGACAAGAUCCGGCUAACGGGCGGGGAGCCGCUCAUCCGGCCCGACGUGGUGGACAUCGUGGCCCAGCUCCAUCGGCUGGAGGGGCUGAGGACCAUCGGCGUCACCACCAAUGGCAUCAACCUCGCCCGCCUGCUGCCUCAGCUCCAGAAAGCUGGUCUCAGUGCCAUCAACAUCAGCCUGGACACGCUGGUGCCAGCCAAGUUUGAGUUCAUCGUCCGCAGGAAAGGCUUCCACAAGGUCAUGGAGGGCAUCCACAAGGCCAUCGAGCUGGGCUACAGCCCUGUGAAGGUGAACUGCGUGGUGAUGCGCGGCCUGAACGAGGAUGAGCUCCUGGACUUUGUGGCCUUGACCGAGGGCCUCCCCUUGGACGUGCGCUUCAUAGAGUACAUGCCCUUUGACGGUAACAAGUGGAACGUCAAGAAGAUGGUCAGCUACAAGGAGAUGCUGGACACCCUGCGGCGGCAGUGGCCGGAGCUGGAGAAGCUGCCCGAGGAGGAAUCCAGCACAGCCAAGACCUUCCGCGUCCCUGGCUUCCGAGGCCAGCUCAGCUUCAUCACGUCCAUGUCUGAGCACUUCUGUGGGACCUGCAACCGGCUGCGCAUCACAGCCGACGGGAACCUCAAGGUCUGCCUCUUUGGGAACUCCGAGGUCUCCCUCCGGGAUCACCUGCGGGCGGGGGCGUCCGAAGAGGAGCUGCUGGGGAUUAUCGGGGCGGCUGUGGGCAGGAAGAAGCGGCAGCACGCAGGCAUGUUCAGUAUCUCCCAGAUGAAGAACCGGCCCAUGAUCCUCAUCGAACUGUUUCUGAUGCUCCGAGAUUCCCCACCAGCCAUUCCAAGCAUUUCCUCUUGGGACCCACUCGGCGUUCAGGGCCUGAGACGCAGCGUGCGUCUCUCCAACCAGGGGGCGACCCUGUGGAAGGGCUGCCGGGUGCCCCAGACGCCUCCCCUCGCACAGCGGGGGCUGGGGGCUGGCUCCCCUCAGAGACACUACUCCUCCCACCCGGACUCCGACGCCAACCCUCAGUGCCUUAGCCCCGCGUCCCGGGCUCCUGCCGCCCACUCAGGACCGCUGCCCGCCUCGGACCAGCUCACCCACGUGGACACGGAAGGCCGGGCAGCUAUGGUGGAUGUGGGUGGAAAGCCGGACACAGAGCGCGUGGCCGUGGCCUCCGCCGUGGUCCUCCUGGGGCCGGAGGCCUUCAGACUCGUCCAGGAGAACCAGCUAAAGAAGGGAGAUGCCCUGGCGGUGGCCCAGCUGGCCGGAGUCCAGGCCGCCAAGCUGACCAGCCAGCUGAUCCCCCUGUGCCACCACGUGGCCCUGAGCCACGUGCAGGUGCGGCUGGAGCUGGACGGCGCACGCCACGCCGUGGUGAUCCGGGCCUCCUGCCGGGCUCGGGGCCCCACCGGGGUGGAGAUGGAGGCCCUGACCUCAGCCGCGGUGGCCGCCCUCACCCUGUACGACAUGUGCAAGGCGGUCAGCAGGGACAUCGUGUUGGGGGACAUCAAGCUCAUCAGCAAGACGGGGGGCCAGCGGGGAGACUUCCACCGGACCUAGAGCCCCUGCCCUCUCACCCGCGGCCCAGCCGGGUCACGAGGGAAAGACGUCUAGUUCCUCUAACCCGUCACUGUUGACCUUCGCCGGUAGGAAGCCCAUGGUCAGCCCAUGCCUUCCUGCUGAUGGUGACCGGCGAGGUCUCCUCUAUUCGGAGAGAAAGCAGCAGGCCCUUCGCCUUCCUGGACACCAGGUGACGGGAGGGGUCACAGCGGGCGAUGCUAGAUGGCAGAAGUCAGCUGUGUCAUCUGCAGGCCAUUCAGAUGGCCAGUUUCGUGGCUCGCUCUGGGCUUUCUCUCCUGCUGCUUCCCUGGGGAGAGGAGGAGGCUCACAGAGCAGAGGAAGCCGCUGCGAAGGGAAUGCACAGUGGCACUAAGAAGGUACGGGACUUCUCGUCUGGGAGUCACAGCCCUUGCCCGCCCUGCCUCUCCGCCCUCCGCCCUCAGGAGGAAAGCCAGGCCCUUCAGACCUGCGGGCUUCUGGUUUAACAACGCACAGUCCUGCCUGCUCCCUGACCUUCGCCCCCCUAACAGGACCCACAGGGCUGCGGCCCUCAGGACUCCUGACCAGCCACUCAGGUGGCCCCUGGCCCCUGCCUGCACUGCUGUCCCCCCACACCACCCCUUUAUUCUGGAACAUAUCAGGGAAAGAAGAGAGUUGGAGGUUGCCUUCACCCUCAGCGCACAAAUAAAGCCUGGAUGCCAACUUCGGA